UUCUUUGUUAUACUGUUGUGUCCCUCCAAAACUCUUCGUCCAACUCAAGAGCCACCACCGCCCAACAAACUCUUAACACACCCCACACAAGCCACAACCAAACUCAGAAUUCAAGGGCUCUUCUUAACAAACUCGCGCAAAUUUGAACAAGAUAACACUGCUGAACCCCCCCAUUUCGAACAAGAUAACACACCCCAUUUCGAUUCCUCUUCCAUACUUUUAUAUAGCUCUUUUUUCUGGGUUUUUUUUUCUUUCUUCUUUCUCUUCUUUUUCUUGGUAAUGGAUUGUUGGUCUCCUUCUUUAACGUUGGAUGCAGAGUUUGAGAAGCUUGUGAUUCGAAUGAACCCUCCAAGGGUUACAGUUGAUAAUGCCACAAGCAGGAAAGCAACUUUAAUUAAGGUUGAUAGUGCUAAUAAGAGAGGAAGUCUGCUAGAAGUGGUUCAGGUUUUGACUGAUUUGGAUCUUAUUAUUAGGCGAGCUUACAUUUCUUCAGAUGGGGAGUGGUUCAUGGAUGUUUUUCACGUGACAGAUCAGUAUGGGAAUAAGCUAUCUGAAGUUGAUGUGGCCGAAAGAAUUCAGCAGAAACCAAAGAGUUCCCUCCACCAAUUCUUACUCGAGUGGGAAUCAAGUGUUCUGCUAGUUGCUAGAGCGCAACUGGGACCAAGAGCAUACAGUUUCAGGUCCUUGACAAGAUCUGUGGGCGUUCAAGCUGCCUCAAAACACACAACUAUUGAAUUGACUGGGAGAGACCGACCAGGCUUGCUCUCAGAGGUUUUUGCUGUUUUGACUGACCUCAAAUGUAAUGGAGUAGCUGCUGAAGUGUGGACCCACAAUUCAAGAAUGGCAUCAGUUGUUUACAUCACCGAUGAGGCUACUGGAUCAUCAAUUGACAAUCCUGAAAGAUUAACGAAGAUCAAACAGCUUCUCCUCUAUGUUCUGAAAGGGGAUAGAGAUCAGAUGCGUGCUAAUACUGCUGUUUCUGUUGGCUCAACGCAUACAGAAAGGAGGCUGCACCAGAUGAUGUAUGCUGAUCGUGACUAUGACAUGAAUGAUGCUGACAGUGGAUCAACGAGUGAAUGGAGCAAACCUCUAGUGACUGUGGAAAAUUGUGCUGAUAAGGGAUACACUGUUGUGAACUUGAGGUGCCUUGAUCGGCCUAAGCUACUCUUUGAUACGGUUUGCACAUUGACAGAUAUGCAAUAUGUGGUAUACCAUGCAACUGUGAUAGCAGAAGGACCAGAGGCUUAUCAGGAAUACUACAUCAGGCACAUGGAUGGUUGCCCUGUUAGUUCUGAACCAGAGAGACAGAGGGUAAUUAAUUGUUUGGAGGCUGCUAUUAAGAGGCGAGCUUCUAAGGGCAUAAGACUGGAACUCUGUAGUGAAGACAGGGUAGGCCUUCUGUCUGAUGUGACUCGCAUAUUUAGAGAAAAUGGUCUCUCAGUCACUCGAGCAGAGGUUACGACCAGGGGUUCCCAAGCUGUCAAUGCUUUUUGUGUGACUGAUGCGUCAGGAGAUCCGGUGAAAAGUGAAACAAUUGAAGCAGUUCGGAAAGAGCUUGGCCUUACUAUACUUCACGUGAAGGAUGAUGCUUACUCAAAAUCCCCGCCUCAGGAGAGUGGGGGAUUCUCUUUGGGCACUCUGUUUAAAUCUAGAUCAGAGAAGUUCCUUUACAACCUGGGCCUCAUAAAGUCAUGUUCUUGAGCAGUUUCACCAGGUUAUUCCUCUUGGUGUUUGUAAAUGUUGAUAAAGCUUGGCCAAACUGUAGAUUUUGCGUCAGAAAAUGCAUUUGAAGCUUUAUUCCAACCCUGUGUAGGGAUCUUGAUUCAGGUAUUAGACUAGUCAUUUUAGCUUGUAAAGUUGUAAAUAUAUUUCGUUAGUUUCAUUCCUUGGUCUUGAAGAGUAAUGCAAAUACACGCAUCACUCUUCUCGUGAUGUAAAAUCGUGAAAAAUCUGUGUUCUAGUUUGCCGAUAAAAGAGCAUUUUUAGAGACGUAAAGGAAAAGUGCAAUCAUCUACAAAUUAGCAGUAGUUUAUCAUGGGAAUGUGUUUGAAGUGAUCUGGGAUAAAGGCAGGCACAUCGCUGAUGGGUUCCAAAGGGACAACAAAUCAAGGAUUCAAUUGGUGAAAAGGAAAUGCAAUUGCUUCUAUUGCAGCCAAAAGUGUGUUUGUUCAAAAUGACCCUUUGUCUCAAACUGAGUUGUCUGUUUUUGGCUAAAAAAGUUGUGUCUUGUGCAAAUA